GAUUCUUAACUUUUUCAUUAAUCACAAAAUGAUUUUUCUGGAAUUUUUCCACUUUGAAAUCAGCUAAGAGAAGCACUAUUUUACCUUUUCUCGUCUCGUCUCUCGUCGUGUCAUUGUUUUCUCAGAUUCCUGAAUAAUUCCCUUUCGAUACCAAUCCCCCAAAAUCCCUUCGCUCAUCUCCCGUAAUCGGAUUCGAAAACCCUAGGUUACAGUCAUGCCCAUGGAGAACGACAAUGGCCACGCUGGCAACGUCGUCCUCACCGCCGAGCAAGCGACCAAGAUUAACGAGACUGAUGGACGGUUGCCGGAGAAUCGUCCGAGCGGUGUUGUCUCAGACACCGGAAGUGGAAGCGAGAAAGGAGAGGAGGGGAUUUAACCGAGCUCGUCCCUCUCUCCCAUCGUGGACGCCGGCGACGCAAUCGGCGUAAUUUUGCCAGAUUGUAGUUUUUGGGCCAGACAACGAUUAUCGAAAUGCAACAGUGGGCCACUGGACGGGACGCAAGAGUGGCCCACUGGACGGGACGCAAGAGUGGCCCACUGGACGGGACGCAAGAGUGGCCCACUGGACGGGACGCAAGAGUGGCCCACUGGACGGGCCGAAACGGUGUCGUUAUAAUGUCAAGCAAACGGAUUGAGUUUUGAAAUCUGGGUGAUUGAAUCAACGUAAUCUUUGGUUCGGGUGGAUUAAACUGGAAAUUAUCAUCUUUUGUUACGGAUAUAAACAUUCAAGAUUAAAUGGAUCAGAGGUGUACCAUCUGCCAUAACCUAACAAAGUUGAACUAUUGCUGGACUCAUAGAGAGUCCAGAAUUUGCAAUGUGGCUUUGCACAGUUCUUCAACCCACUAUUGGAAUCACAAUGGGCAUCUACAUUCGCCCCUGUGUCAGCUAUGCUUGCGUUCACCUGCCGUUAUAAAAUGUUACGUCGAUAACAGAACGUUAUGCUACAAUUGUUUCAAUACAGAAGAGCAUAGGGGCUGUGUCCUGAUGAACCACUCUGUCUUCGUGAUUCCGUAUUCUUCACACAUGAACUGUGUUGCUGGUCCAAGACAACAACGUUUUGUUCCUAAUCUUGAUCUGGAACUUGGCUUUCAUAUUCGGCCUCGACACCGUGCUCAAGGUCUACGAAUUGGUCCUCCCAAUCAUCCUCGUGAAGCAGAUUUGCAGCUUCGUCCUCCUAAUCAGCCUCAACAAAGAUUUGGUCAACCUCAAGGUAGUACACUAUUGUUUAUGCUUCUUAUGUUACCUUUAGUCUUUUCAUAUUCAAAAGCGCUUGAUAUGUUGUGCAACAUGUUAGGUCUACGAAUUGGUCCUCUCAAUCAUCCUCGUGAAGCAGAUUUGCAGCUUCGUCCUCCUAAUCAGCCUCAACAAAGAUUUGGUCAACCUCAAGGUCUACGAAUUGGUCCUCCCAAUCAUCCUCGUGAAGCAGAUUUGCAGCUUCGUCCUCCUAAUCAGCCUCAACAAAGAUUUGGUCAACCUCAAGGUCUACGAAUUGGUCCUCCCAAUCAUCCUCGUGAAGCAGAUUUGCAGCUUCGUCCUCCUAAUCAGCCUCAACAAAGAUUUGGUCAACCUCAAGAAAUAAUGUCACCAUGCUUCUUAUGCACAACUUCAAUGCCAUUGAAAUAUUCUUGGCACUAUAGAGAAAGAAGGAUAUCCCUUGGCUCUAGCCACGACCAUGUACUUUUCAGGGGCGGACAUCCGGAGUCUCCUUUAUGUCAAAACUGCCAAAUUCGUCCUGCUUUAAUUCAUUGCUUUAACGAACGAUUGAACCUCUGCUAUCAGUGUUUCAAUGCACACCAAGGGAGGUGCAUUCCCAAUGGGCACCGUGUGGAGAUGAUCAGCUUUUCUUCACACUGGGAUUGUCUCCGUCCGCAGCAUUUUCAACCACAGUUGACAAAUAGUAAAAGGAGUCCAGGACUGGGACCUGGAAGUGAUCGCCCUCCUAAAAGAGGACGAGGAGGAGGAUCACCAUCAAGACAGGGUGGUCAGCCUGCUGGUCAGGGUCCAAGUGGUGUAGGAACUCCAGCAAAUUUAGUUGGUGCGAACUUUAGUCAUGUGCUCACUGUAAAUGCCGGAGAGGAUGUGACAAUGAAGAUAAUGACCUUCUCUCAACAAGGAUCUCGUGCUAUCUGCAUCCUUUCAGCAAAUGGUCCCAUUUCCAAUGUUACGCUUCGUCAAUCUAUGACAUCUGGCGGUACUCUAACUUUUGAGGGUCGUUUUGAGAUUCUCUCUUUGACGGGGUCAUUUAUGCAAAUUAACACCAAAAAAGUGGGUGUUAGAUUUGAUAAGCCCAUACCUGAUGGAGUGGAUCUUGGUGAUCUGUGUGAAAAGGGGCUUGGGGUCUUCUGCAAUGCUGCUGAUCUUCGGUUCGAAAGCUCGGGUUCUGAGGAUCUGGAUAAAGUACUUAUUAACACAUUGUUUGAGGUUGUCCAUGAUGAGAGCAGAACUUGUCCGUUUAUUCUAUUUUUGAAAGAUUCUGAGAAGUUUGUCGUUGGAAAUUCCGAUUCGUACUCUGCGUUUAAAAGCAGACUUGAACAUCUCCCUGAAAACGUUAUUGUGAUCGGUUCACAGACACACACUGAUAAUCGCAAGGAGAAGGCUCAUCCUGGAGGUCUAUUUUUCACCAAGUUCGGCGGCAGCCAAACUGCUCUUCUGGACUUAGCUUUUCCAGACAUUGGACGAUUACGUGAGCUUGGCAAGGAAAUUCCGAAAGCAACGAAACUUCUAACGAAGCUCUUUGAGAAUAAAGUUACUAUUCAUAUGCCACAGGAUGAGGAUCUUCUUACAUCCUGGAACCAUCAGUUAGAUCGUGAUGCUGAGACUCUGAAAAUGAAGGCUAAUUUCAAUCACUUGCGCAAGGUGCUGGGACGAUGUGAUCUGGAAUGUGAAGGAAUUGAGACGCUGUGCAUGAAGGAUCUCACACUUCAAAGCGACAGUGCAGAAAAUAUCGUUGGAUGGGCUCUUAGUGACCAUAUAAAGCGUAACCCUGAUGUUGAUCCAGAUACUAGGAAUGUGUUGUCUCUUGAUAGCAUAGAAUUUGGAAUUGGAGUUUUACAGGCUCUUCUAAAUGAAUCUACGAGCUUAAAGUAUUCUCUCAAGGACGUUGUGACAGAAAAUGAGUUUGAGAAGAGGCUUUUAAGUGAUGUCAUUCCGCCCAGUGACAUUGGUGUUUCAUUUGAUGACACUGGGGCACUUGAGAAUGUGAAAGACACCUUAAAGGAAUUGGUUAUGCUUCCUUUACAGCGGCCUGAACUUUUCUGCAAGGGGCAAUUAACAAAGGAGCGAGAUGAUGCUCUGGCUGAAGGUAAAGCUCCUCCAGCUCUAAGUGGAAGUUCUGAUAUCCGAGCUUUAAACAUGCAGGAUUUCAGAUACGCACAUGAGCAGGUGUGCGCGAGCGUCUCGUCAGAAUCGGUGAACAUGACAGGGCUUCAACAAUGGAACGAACUCUACGGAGAAGGUGGAUCUAGAAAGAAGAAAUCACUCAGCUACUUCAUGUAGGAUUGAAUCUACUUCAGAAACCAUAACUCAAUUUUAGUCACGAAAGGAGCUCUCGGUUGGAGGUAGAAUGUGUUGUAUAUGUAGAUUGUUUAGGGGAAUAUAGAUAAAAGAAUAAGUGACAACAUGUUGAACGAGACUGUUUUGUUGUGUUCGAUCUUUGUGUUUGUAUAGCCGGUUAUGU